AUGGAAACUUCCCGAGAACCUCAUUUCUUCAAGCCUCUUCUUCCUGGUUUUCACAGUGGCGUGGCAAUACCACUUGACUUCUACUCAAAACACAUACAAGGGGCUGAGAUCAAUAAACCAUGGAAGCUAAGAUCGGACGCUUCGGAUCAAAUUUGGGAGGUGAUCCGAGAAGGCAGGACACUCACCAAAGGUUGGAAAGAGUUCACCGAAGCACAUGAUCUUCGAAUCGGUGACAUUGUCAUCUUCAAACACGAAGGAGACAUGGUCUUUCAUGUGACUCCUUUUGGUCCUAGCUGUUGUGAGAUUCUGUGGUCCGACGCGGAUGAUGCUCCUACUUUCUCAUACGACUACUGCUUCUUGGCUGAGGUUACUCCUACAAAUCAAAAGGACGACAAAAUGGUGAGUAAAAUUUAG